CGCGCGCACAAACGGCAGUUUCCCAGCGCUCGGUUUUGAAAAAGCGCGAACUCUGAGAUGUCUGCAGACAGAAUUGGUGAUAGUCCUGUAGAAGCAGAACCAAGUUGGUUAUCAUCACAGACAUCAUUUAUGACAAUGUCAGAUCCUAGUGAUUCAUCUACAGCUAUUUCAAAUAAUUCAUUCGAUGAAACAUUUGCAUCGAAUAAAUUUUCAUCGAAUUCUUUUAGAAAUUCUUCUCUAUUACAAUCUGAUGAAUUAGAAGAUAACAGUUAUGGUGAUGUGGAUAGAAGAGAACAAGUGGAAGCAGAAACAGAACGAGUAGAAGAUAAACAACAACCGCAGCAGCAGCAGCCGGAGCUGAAGAAAAAAAGGACAGGAGUCACUUUAGUCUAUGCUCCAGAGAAAUCAGCUACUCUAUUCAAUACUUCCACACAAAAUUCUACUGUACCAAUUCAAUCAAAUGACAAAGUAAUGAUUAUUCAUUCAAAACAAGAUAAUGGUAAUCAUAACGAUGAUGCUGAUGAUAAUGAUGAUGAUAUUGAUAGUAGCAAUAAUAAUUACACCGAGAAUCAUUCAUUCACUAACAAGCAUGACAUUGAAUCAACAAUGAAUUCUUCAAUGCAAUUCAAUAGAACAUUGUCUUCUUCUGCUUCCAAUGAAGAAAAUCUCUCGCAAUCCAAUCAUCAACAUUCACACAUAGUAAUAGAAGAAUUGACUAAUUCAAAUAAUAUCUCACAUAGCAAUUCAUCUGAUCAAUUUUCAUCUGAUAAUUAUGAUAAUCAUAGUAGUGAAUUAUCGAAUUAUGAAGAUCCAUCCGAAGGUAUUGGUGAUGAUGAUCAUAAUACUAAUACUACUACUAAUACUAGUAUUAAUAAUAAUGUUAAUCUUAAUCAUAAUAAAGAUAAUCAUUACAAUAAUACCGAUAAUGUUCUGUCCACAUCUCCAGCGGUACUUACUUCGUCGCCUUCUUCAUUGGAUAAUCAUAAAGAUUUAUCAAUUUUAUCUAUGAUGGAAUCAGAGAGUUCAUCUAAAGACAUUCUAACUACUACUACUACUACUACUACUAGUAGUAUUAGUAAUAAUAAUGAUGUUAAUAAUAAUAAAAAUGAAUCUUAUACUAACAAUACAAUAAAUUUUGAUGAAAAUAAUAAUAGUACUACAAUGUUACAAAAUCAACAAGAACUCAAUACAAACACUUCAUCUAUUAUUCAUCCAAUUAAUCAACAUAUCAAUAAUACAUCACCAGUUAACUUAACUACACUUUCACUAUCUGAUAAUUUCAUUAAAUCAACCAUAUCCACUGAUCAUGACGUUAAUGAUAAGGAUGGUGAUGAUGAUGAUGAUGAUGACGCUCUGUUCCAAUCAAAUUUAAAUAAUAAUCGAACACAAGGAAAUUAUGAAUCAGAUGAUGAAGUCACAAAGACAUUUUUAAAUAUUCAUGAUCAAUAUAAGCAGACAAUGAAUACAUUUAAUGAACAACCAGUACCUUUAUAUUUGGAUCGUUGUUCACCUGCACAAAUUGUAGCUGUAACCGGUGGAGCACCAUUCGAUAUAAUACGUGAUAUUGAAGAGGAUUUCUACGACGGUAAUGAUGAUGCUGAUGUUCGUGAUGGUGAUAAUGUGGUUGAAGUACUGAAUACAAAUGUAAAGCGUGACGGUGAUUCAUCUGCUUCUCCUGUAAAUUCUGAUCAUAUUGUCCGAAAACGUGGUCAUACUACUUCAGAGUCAUCAAAGCCAGUAUCUAUUAAUAUUGAUUUAAGAGUUGUUUCAAAAUUAACUCCAAGUACUCCAGAAGAAGUGGAUGCUUCAUCAGAGCUAGUUUUUAGCAAUUUUAUGAUAAAUCGUUAUAUGUUAGAAGUUUCUGCAUCAGCUCACGUAUCUUCAUCACAACAGUCUACUGCUUCUACUUCAGCUUCAAUUCAUUUGUCAGGUAUCAAUCCAGAAAUUGAAUCUGACGAUCCUGUAAGCCAUCAGCUGUCAGCUUUACCUCGUGCUGAACCACAUAGUAUUGAAGCAAUCGUUGCUCGUAAUCUAGCCGAAAUCGGUGAUGAAAUCAAUCGUAUAUACGGAUCAAGAUUAGAUAGAAUGAUUAAAUUACUACCAGUGGAGGAUUGUCCAUUGGAAAUGUUCUAUAAUGUUGCUCGUGUACUAUUUGCUCGUGGUCCAACGAAUUGGGGUCAAGUGAUCACUUUAUUCUAUUUCGGUUAUCGAUUAGUUGUGCAACGAGUUAAAAAAGGUAUUGCUAAUGCAUUCUAUCAAGUAUGUCGAUGUUUAAUUGGUUUUUGUCGACAAAUUAAUAUUUUCGUUUGGAUAGCUCAACAAGGAGGAUGGCAAAUUCUUCAAUUUUUACGAUCCAAUAAUAAAACAACAACAUGUGACUAUGAAAAUGUAGAUGAGAAAGCAAAUCAUCAUGAUACAAUCACUUCAAACUCAACCUUGUACACUAAUGAAAAUGAUCAACAAAAUACAUUAUUAUUGAAUAAUAAUAAUAAUCAAUCAAUGGAUAAUUUAAACAAUGAUUCCCGGUUAUUAAUUCCUUUAGUUUUAACUAGUACUGGUUUUGUUGUUAUAGCUGUUGCUCUUUGGUUUUAUUUGCGCCGUUAAAGAAAGAAAUCUUUUCUUUGUUAUAUAUAUAUACAUAGUGGAUUUAUUAUGCAUUAAUAUGUAACCAAGUUAUUUCAUUCUUUUUGUAUUUAUUUUGUAUUUGUUAGCAGCCUCCUUCUUACACUCACUCUCUGUGUUUUGUUUUGUUUUUUGUUGACUGAUGUUUUGUUUUUAUUAUUUUAAAAGAGAAAAUCAGCUCUUAGUUGUUAGUUCAUUAAUUAUCAUCAGUCAUUUAUUUUCCUAUGUGUAUUGUGUAGCAGAAUACACCACUAACAGUACACUAACAAUACUGUUUCGUUAUUUUGUUUUAGAUGAACAAAAAAAGAAAAGAAGAAAAGGUGUUAUCGUUACAUUUUUUUCUUUUGAAAUUUUGUUCAUUUAUUAAUUUGUUAUAUAUAUAUAUAUAUAUAUAUA